CAAACGCCGAGCGACGAACAUCUAAUAAGUACAAAUACGGCGUAUAUUUUUGUGAACUGUGAACUGGGAAGCGAUGCUGCUGGGACUGCUGCUGUGCCUGGUGCCGCCCCUCCUGGGGGGACUGCAUGCCGCGGACUUACCUUACGAGACUCUGAGGGAGCAGAUCAUGGAGGCGGAGCGUCUGGCCUCGCUGGGUGGCAACAUCUGGCUCACUUCGGACGAGGAGAAAGCCAACAGCAUACUGAUGAACGCCAAGCGUGCAGAGAUUGCCGAGGGCAUUAAGACGCCGGAGAAGUAUCCCCCGGCCAUGCAUUUCUUCCAGGGCAGGCAGUACGUGCGACAGAGCGAGGUGUUCCGAUUCAUACAGAAGAUGCCGAAGGGCGCCUUCCUGCACGGCCACAACACGGGCAUGGUCACCUCCAAGUGGGUGAUCGGCAACCUGACCACCACCAACAAUCUGUACACGUGCCGCAAUGUGGACGGGCUGCUCGUCUUCACCUACGACCAGAGCGGCUGCCACAGCGAGGUGCAGAAUGUAUGCACGGAGCGCAUCAACGCUGAGGAUCGCGGAAAGUACGAGCGGCAGCUCGAGAAGCACAUAAACAUGCACCGCCAGAAGCCAGAAGCACUCUUGUCCCAACGCAAAAAGAUCUGGGAACGCUUUGAGAAUAUCUUUACGACUGUCGAUCGGCUCUAUAAGUACAGACCCUCCUACUGCGCCUUCCACAAGCGACUGCUGGAGGAGCUCUGCGAGGACAACAUCAUCUACGCGGAGGUCCGAGCCUCCCUGUCGCCUCUGUACGACGACAACAAUCGCACCCUGAGCACACUGGAGGUGGCCAACGAAUUGGAACGUAUCGUGGAGGAGUUCAAGGCGAAGCAUCACGACUUUGUCGGCCUCAAGGUGAUCUAUGCCAAGCGGAAUCGGGCCACCGAGGAGGAGAUGAGCAGACGCAUCACAACCUUCAAGCAGCUGCACCAUGCAAAACCGAAUUUUGUGAUAGGAUUCGAUUUGAUUGGACAGGAGGACACGGGUGAUCCGCUCAGCAAAUACGUGAACGAGUUGUCCGACCUGCCCAGCACGGCAAACUACUUCUUCCACGCGGGCGAGACAAAUUGGCAUGGUCGCACUGACUGGAACAUGAUGGAUGCCAUUCUGCUGGGCUCGAAGCGCAUUGGACACGCGUUUGCCCUGCCCAAGCAUCCGCAGCUGUGGUCUACGAUCAAGAAGCGAGACAUUGCCAUCGAAGUGAAUCCCAUAUCCAAUCAGGUGCUGGGCUUUGUCUGGGAUCUGCGCAAUCAUCCGGCCAGCUUCCUGAUUGCCCAGAACUUUCCCAUUGUGAUCUCAUCCGAUGAUCCCGGGAUGUGGGGUGCCAAGGGCCUCAGCUACGACUUCUACUAUGCCUUCAUGGCCAUGGCCCCUGCCGAGGCGGACCUGCGCUUCCUCAAGCAGCUGGCUCUCAACUCCAUCAAGUAUGCGGUGCUCACCUCAGACGAACGGCGCAAGAUCAAUCGGAUCUUUCAGCGGAAGUGGCAAGAGUUUAUUGCCAAUGUCUUGAAUCCAAAGUUCUAAUCUAAUACACAAAACUCAGACUAAGA